CUUCGUUCUCCCGCCACCUGCCUCAGUGCAGCCCUGUAUCUACUCCACUUGUCUUCUAAACCGGACUUAAGGGCCUUUUUCGAAAAUCCCAUGUGUUUCGCCCACAGCCUCGACUCGUGUUGGGGGCUCAGAGCAAGCGACCCUCGGGCUUUUUCGGUGUCAUCAGCCUGAUCUUGAAUAUUCUCAUGCAACCGGACUUCGCACGAUCUUCGGAAUUUCGUCGCGUAACGGGAAAAGGAAUUUGUGGGUUGAAGCUUGAAUACAGUCUGUAACUGAGAUUUGGGGCGAGAAGUGCAUGGUCUCGAGUGGGCGACCAUCCGAUGGGUGUCACCAGCUUAGCAACGGCUGAGCGUGCUCUUACUGUGCCGACACCUGUCAUAUAAUGGAACCGGAGACGCGAAAUCAAGCCCAUAUGGUCGCCCAGUGUUCAGCCCUUUCCUUCGACUCUGUUCCACCUCGCAAGGCGAGCUAAUUUUCGUUUACUCUUCGCGAAACUGCGGGCCACCUGGAAGGAGGAUCUCCAUGCUCAGUGACGCGUUCUCAGGUCCACUUCUCAUUCUUUCCCUUGUUGCUCUCCUUUUCCCGUUCAAUUCUUAUAAUUACGUCGAUGCCCGGGUCAUUCGUGGCCGACAAGCGUCUCUGACGCCGAGGGGCGCACAGCCAUCUGCAUCCGCAGCAUGGAUAUCGGCCGCUUCCUCUGACGGAACCCUCGACAAAUCGACAUCGCAAGUCGGAUUCUUCAAACAACUGGUCUCGACGGUGGGACAACCCGCAACGAAUGCGACCGUGACAGUCAACGCUGUUUGCUAUGAUGUUGUCACCCUCUGGGUGAAUGGGCAACCGGUGGGGCAGCAGACGAAGAACCUCACCACGCCUAUAGUCGCGCGCGUCGGGCUGAACACGACCCAGAACUUCUUCUCAGUGUUGGUGCAGAAUGGCACUUGCACACCGGCGAUCAGUGCGUCGAUUCAGGUCGACUUUUCCGGGUCGACGCCGUCCAGCACCUUUGUCUCAGAUUCGAACUGGUUGGCGGCCGCGAAUGUGCCAACCACUUUCCCCGACCCGCAGGAUUUGUCGUUGUUCCCGCCAGUCGUCACACGCACCCUUCCCAAGCCACCAGCACCAUCUGCUGGGGCGUCGGCUUCCCCCCUCUCACUGGACGGCAGCUCGUGGAUCUGGUCAAUCGCAAACGCAUCCGUUGCCGCACCUGUCGGGACUCUCGGCUUUCGAAAGACGUUCUCGAUCCCGGCUGGCAAGAAAGCUAUUUCUGGUACCGCUCUCAUCACGUGCGACAACACUUUCUCGCUGUAUGUCAACGAGGUGUACAUCGCUGCACCCCCCUUCGACCCGAAUACUGCGAACGAAGUUUAUCAGUCAUGGACAUAUGCGCAACAAGUCGCAUUUCCGGCUGACUCGACGUCCCUCGUCUUUGACGUCAUAGCGCAGAAUUUCCCCGGUCACACGCAGACCCCGGAUGUGUCGUCCGCUGGGUUCAUCGCAGCGAUGCAGGUCGGAUACGCGGACGGCAGCUCGGAUACUGUCGUAACCGACCAGUCCUGGAGUUUCAGUGCGAACUUCAGCAGCCCCAGCGCUUUUCUGGCCUUGCCGCCUAUCUCGCUGACUUCGGCCGUCGUUCAGGGCAAGUUUGGGAUGGCACCUUGGAAACAACUGCUCGGCACAUCCGAUGUUCUCGCCGCACCGAGCGUGCCCCAAAUUAUGGCGAGCACAGACGGCAGCGGCGACCAGAGCCAUCACCAGGACUUGAGCUCGGUGGCGAUCAUCUGCCUCGCCAUCGCCGUGGUUGCCAUUGGCCUCGCUGUUGCUUUUCUCUACUUCCGCCGACGGAAACAGCCGCGUGAGGAUACUCCUGUGGGCCACACCAUGCAGAUGUCGCCGACACAGUUCACGACGUACGAAAGACCGCGCCGCACGAACUCACGCAGCUCGACACGCACAGAGGAUAGCAUUCAAGAUAAGCCCGAGCCUGAGGUGGAAAACAGAUUCAAUGUGUCUCGUGCCGAAGUCGGCGGCGGCUUUGCCCACGCCGCGCCUGAUCCGCCAGAGGCCAUGCCGCCCCCCAGCUACGCAGACUCCACUGCGUCCAGAUCGGUCUACGGAGCUCCUGUUGCCCGCGACAGCAAGACUGCAUUCAGAGUGACCAACACCGAUCAGGACACAUCAUCUUCUAGUUAG